AUGCUUCCCUCCCAGCUCAACAGCACGCCUAAGCGCGCCAAUCCGUUUGGGCGUUCCUCGCCGUCUUCAGCUCCAGUCUCACAACAGCGACCAAAAUCUGCAAUUCUCAGCCCCUCAUACAGUUUGGAAUCUGUCCGGGGCCAUCUACGAAAUGCCUCGGUUUCCCAACUUACGCCUAAUCGUUCACCUUCCGUUAUGACUCGAGAAAGAUCGAGCUCACUCCGCAAAGACACAUCUUCGGGCACAUUUGCCCCCAGCUUCAUCAAAUCAGAGGAGCUCAGAAGAGGUGCAGAUCAAAUACGUGGCUUGGAAGGUGAUAAUGAUUUUUCGGGAAAUAAGUAUGUUUGGCUUCGAGACCCGGAGAAGGCAUUUGUGCGUGGACUUGUCUUGGAGGAGCUGGACGGUGGAAGUCUCCUGGUGCAGACAGAUGACGGCGAGCAGCGCGAAGUAGACCCGGACCAGGUGGACAAGGUCAACCCGGCGAAGUUCGACAAGGCAGAUGACAUGGCGGAGCUGACCCAUCUAAAUGAAGCCUCUGUCGUGCACAAUCUGCACACUCGAUAUCAGUCAGACCUGAUCUAUACGUAUUCCGGACUGUUCUUGGUGACGAUCAAUCCUUACUGCCCUCUUUCAAUUUACACGACCGAGUAUAUCAAAAUGUACAAGGGUCGAGGAAGGGAUGAGACUCGGCCACAUAUCUUCGCCAUGGCAGAUGAGGCUUUCCGAAAUUUAGUCGAGGAAGGGGAGAAUCAGAGCAUUCUUGUAACUGGUGAAUCCGGUGCUGGAAAAACAGAAAACACGAAAAAGGUCAUUCAGUAUCUGGCAGCAGUCGCGACUUCCGACACGCCUUACGGACGAUCAGGGUCAAAGCAGCUUUCCAACUUGUCACAGCAAAUCCUUCGCGCAAAUCCGAUUCUUGAAGCGUUCGGUAACGCUCAGACAGUCCGCAACCACAAUUCUUCAAGAUUCGGAAAAUUUAUUCGAAUCGAGUUUUCACGAUCAGGACAAAUUUGCGGCGCGUGGAUAGAUUGGUAUUUGCUCGAGAAAUCGCGAGUGGUCAAGCCAAACUCGAAUGAGCGAAAUUACCAUAUCUUCUACCAGCUACUCCAAGGCUCGGAUCAGGGACUUCGCGAAAAGCUCCUGCUAAACGAUCUUCAAAUAACAGACUUUGCAUACUUGAGGGAUGGCAACGAGUCGAUUGUGGGAGUCUCAGACCAAGAAGAGUGGAAUUCGCUAAUUGAGGCUUUCAACGUGAUGGAUUUCACGGACGAGGAUCAGCUCUGUAUCUUGCGUACAAUUGCUGCAGUUCUUCACCUCGGAAACGUGACUGUAGCCAAGGAAAGCGCACGGGCGGAUCAGGCUUCGUUGGCCCCGGAUGGUAUCAAAAGUGUGGAGAAAGCUUGCCAGCUCCUGGGUAUCCGAGUGGAACCUUUCAUCAAGGGCCUACUUCAUCCAAGAGUCAAAGCUGGCCGAGAAUGGGUGGAAAAGGUCCAGACCCCCGAUCAAGUCCGACUCGCCUUGGACGCCCUAUCGAAGGGUAUCUACGAGCGCGGGUUUGGCGACUUGGUGACUCGUAUCAACAAGCAGCUGGGUCGUUCGAUGACUGAGGAGAAUUAUUUUAUCGGAGUGCUUGAUAUUGCUGGUUUCGAAAUCUUCGAGAACAACAGUUUUGAGCAACUUUGCAUCAACUACACCAACGAGAAAUUGCAACAAUUCUUCAACCACCACAUGUUUGUACUGGAACAGGAAGAGUAUGCGCGAGAGCAGAUUGAGUGGCAGUUCAUCGACUUUGGCAGGGAUUUGCAGCCAACAAUUGAUCUGAUCGAGUUGACAAAUCCGAUUGGUAUCUUUUCAUGCCUUGAUGAGGAUAGUGUGAUGCCCAAAGCCACGGACAAAUCAUUCACGGAGAAGUUACAUUCCCUUUGGGAUCGAAAGACUCCCAAAUACCGUGCAUCUCGCCUGAACCAGGGUUUCAUUCUUACCCACUAUGCUGCUGAAGUUGAAUACACUACACACGACUGGUUGGAGAAGAAUAAAGAUCCGAUGAACGACAAUAUUACUCGGCUUCUUGCGGUCUCUGAAAACGGACAUGUGGCAAACUUGUUCGCGGACUGUGCUGAUGUGGAGGAUGGAAGCGACCAACCCCGAAGUCGUGUGAAGAAAGGGCUGUUCCGAACGGUCGCCCAAAGACACAAAGAGCAGUUGUCCAGCUUGAUGGUACAGCUUCACUCGACACAUCCACAUUUCGUCCGUUGCAUAUUGCCGAACCACAAAAAGCGUCCAAAGAUGCUCCAUGCCCCCUUGGUACUUGACCAACUACGGUGCAAUGGUGUGUUGGAGGGAAUCAGAAUUGCUCGCACCGGAUUCCCAAAUCGACUGCCAUUUGCGGAGUUCCGUCAACGAUAUGAGGUCCUUUGUCAGCACAUGCCAAAGGGCUAUCUGGAGGGCCAGAGUGCGGCUCGUCUGAUGUUAGAGAAACUGGGCAUGGACAAGGCUUGGUACAGAGUCGGACGUACCAAAGUCUUUUUCCGUGCAGGUGUUCUUGCCGACCUGGAAGAGAAGCGCGACCAGCUGAUUCGAACAAUCAUGACACGCUUCCAGUCCCUUGCUCGUGGCUUUGUGCAGCGGCGCAUUUCCAACAAGCGACUGUACCGUGCUGAGGCAACUCGUAUCAUCCAGCAAAAUUUUCGUGCAUACCUUGACUUAAAGAGUAGCCCAUGGUGGUGCUUAUUUUCUCAGAUGAGACCACUUCUUGGUGAUACGAGGACCGCCAAGGAGGUUAAGAAAAGAGACGACAAGAUCAAGGAGCUGGAGUUGAAGAUGAAGCAAGAAAUGUCUGAUCGUCAGAAGCUCGACGAGGAAAGACGCCGCACUGAGUUGGAAAUCCAAAAAAUCCAGAAGACCCUCGAAAGCGAACGAGCUCUCGCCCUGGACAAAGAGGAAAUAUUCCGGCGCUUACAAGAUCGAGAAGUUGAAUUGGCAGAGAAGCUAGCUGAGGCCAUUGCCGAUCAAGAGAAGCUCGAAGAGCAGCUGGAUGACCUGGUCGAUGCCAAGAAGAAGGCAGACGAGCAGUUACAACUUCGAAUCACGCAGCUUGAGCAGGCGGGUCUUAUCAUCCAGAAGCUGGAAGCAGAGAAGCACGCUCUUCAAGCCCAAGUCGAAGAGCUGAAUUCUCGAAUCGCUGCUCUUGAAGGAGAAUACUCCGGCAAGGACGCUGCUAUACAGGAGCUUACGCAAGAAAUGAAAAUGCUACAGAGUCAUCUUAGUCUCAAGGAGCGCAAGCUUCAUGAUCUUGAGGCUAAGCUGCUGAAAACGGAUCAAGAUCUUGAAGUCAAAUUGGCGUCUACUUCGAAGGAGCUUGAGAAGACGAAGAAAGAGCUCCGCGAAACCAUCAACGAGAAUCAGUCAAUUCGUCGGCAGAUGACUGAUUUGUCGUCCACUACAACAAGCUAUGAGGACCUCCUUCGCCGGAAAGAAAGUGAAAUGGCAGUUCUCCGACACGAUCUGAAAAAGUGUGACGAGGACAGACAGAGUGCGGAAGCUGAAAAGAAGUCUCUGGUAAAUCGACACGACACCAUGCAGGGGCGACUUCGCGAGGUGCAGGCUGAGAGAGAUGCCAUGCGAUCUGAGAAGGCUCAACUCGAGCGUGAAGCUGCCGAUGUCAAGCGGCUGCUCGAAGAGAAGAGGAGCGAGGAUGUCGAAGCUGGCGAGAGUAGAAAGCUGCUGGAGCAGCAAGUUCAUGAUCUCAAAGCUCAACUUUUCCAGACUGAAGCAGACCUCAGUCGUGUGCGCCAGUCCAGAGAUGAUGUGCAGAUGCUUGCUGAACACAAUUUGGCCGAACUGACCGACAAGUACGCCGCCUUGAACGAGUCUAAAAUCGAAAUCGAGAAGGAAAUGUACAUCCAACAAGACAGCCUUCGUCGCGCGAAUGAGGCUCGCCUGGCUGCGGAAACAUCGAGAAAAGAGCUUCAAUCAGAGCUAAUCAAGUUGCGAGAGCGUUUCACCGCUGUUGAAAAUGCGCGCUUGAAUGCAGAAGCUGAAAUCGAACGGAAGCUGAAGAACCAAUCGGAGGAUCGCAUAACAAGUAUGCGUACUGAUCUGGAAGAGAAAAUGCAACUACUCGACGAUCUUGAGGCGGAACGAUAUCAGCUUUCGGUCCGUGUCCAGGAGCUGGAGCAUGCAAUCUCUGAAUCUGACAAUUUCCGCAUUCGCCACGAUCAGCAUAAGGCGCGUCUCGAAAGGGAGCUUGUCACCCUCAAAGGCCGCCUCACAGCUUCAGAGAACGAUAACCGCGCUCUUUUGACCAAGAUUCAGCAAAAGAAUCUUGACAUCGCUCGGUCAAAUUCUAAGGCCAGCGACAGUAAUCGACUGCGACUGUCAAAUCUUCAGAAGGAGAAGGAAAGGCUCGAGGAGGACAAUAAGCGACUUCAAAAGCAGCUUGGUGACUGUCAACUGACAAUUACAAGCCUAGAAAAGCAGAAGGAAAAGCUGUCGCUGAGCCUGGAGGAUCUCAACCAUGAGGUCAAUCGGGAACAAAAGAACAGUCGGAACGCUGAGAAGGCUGCCUCCACCGCAAAUCUUCAGCUUGCAGAAGUGAAUCGUAAUCUGGAAACUGAAAGACAGCUCCGUGGUCAGGCACAGGCGAACACUCGGCAGACGCAAACUACUCUCGACCAGGCAAAUAAAGAGAUUGAAAGUCUUCAUCGCCAACUGAUCGCUCUCCACAGGGUUUUCGAGCCUGAGGCUUCGGAACCGAAAGAGUCCUGGGAGGCCGUGCAGUCGCACCUAUCUAAGCAAGUUGACCUCGCUCAAUUGUUGAAUGAAAUGCAACAUAAGCUGCAGGUCACAGAGGAAAAGUACGCACGAGCUGAGAACCAAUUAUCAGAGAUGCGUCGUCGCCACACCGACGAAAUGAGGGAACUAGACUCAAAGUACUCGUCCUCGAAGCGCGCCUUGCUUGAAGAGAUCGAUCAGAAUGAAGUGAGCAACCGUGGCCCUACUCAUCUGCGGAAGAACUCGGACAAUGCCCUCAAGAGGGUUUCGAACCCGUCGACACCGCACCGUCGUUACAACAAUGUAUAUGAAGGUGCCAAUGAUUCCGCCAGAUCGGACAGGACAGUUGACACUCUCGGUUACCAGAAACGCAUGGAUGCGGCGGGAGAGAUCGAGGAGCUGCAAAACAAGCUCCAAAUGACUGAGAUCCAGAACAAGCACCUCCAAAGUCAACUUCAGCAGUUCACUCCUAGUCGCGAUAUCUGGCAAGACGAGAGUCCCUCUGUUCGACGAAUGCAACUUCUGGAGCGCGAGAAUGGCCGACUUCAUGGACAGCUUGAUGACUCUGCUAAGAAGGUAUCCGCUUUGGAAAGAAGCAUUCGAUCUGGCGAGCUUUCUCUGCGUGACGUGCAAGCCAAAUCUCACGAGGAGCUGUACGAUCUUAUCAACUCACAGGAGCAGUCUCGUCGGUCCUUGCUCAAGGUUCACAAUGAUGCUUUGACAGAAUUCAGCGAGGCCAAGUCGCAGUAUGAGAAGCUGAAACGGGCCAAAGUGACACUUGAGGUUGAGCUUCGCGAUGCCAAGUCUGAGACUCUAGAGCUUCAGACAUCCCGAGAGCAAGACCUUGCCAGUCGAGACCAGCUUCUGGAAGAGUUUUCUGAGCUGCAGAUUCGAUUGGAUGCAGAGACUUCGCGUACUGCCGACCUUGAAUCUACGUUGAGUCUUUUCAAAUCACGUGCCGACGAGUACUUCAGCAAGCUGGAGCAAGCAGAGAUCGCCGUGUUGAAGGCAAGCCGGGCCGAACAAUUCGCGAAGUCAAGGUGCCAGGAAGCCGAAGAUACCUGCGCUCAUAUCAUGUCAGAACGGAAGGAGAUGGAUGCACUUGUUGAGGAUUUGCAGCGUCAGACUCAAUCCUUGGAAGCUCGCAUGGAAGACCAGGCCGCAGAGCUCCAAGGCGCCUUGCAAGCCAAACAGCGACUUCAGAAUGAGCUCGAGGAUUACCGUAAUCAGCGGGCUAUUGAUAUCGAGGACAAGGAGACCUCAAUGGAGCAAACUCGUCAGAAGUAUCAACGCGAAUUCUCUACCAUCAAUGGCGAGCUUGAGAUGGAGCGUGAGCGCCUCCUCAAUGUCCGUGGUGAAAAUGCACGUUUGCGCGAGGAAAUCGAGGAUCUCCGCAGUAAAUGGGAUGACGAGGUUCUGAACAGCUCGACCUGGGCCAAAGAGAAGGCUCGCCUGGAACUUGCCAUGCAAGACAUUGCCAACUCUCGAGACGAAGCUGCCGCAGCACACAGUGAGGCUCAAACUAAAGUUGUGUCACUGCUGACGCAAGUCCGAUCACUGCGCACGUCUAUCGACGAUGUCACCGCCGAACGCGACUUACUACUCAAGGACAAGAAGAUGCUUGAGGGCAGAUUGGCCGAAGCCGGUGAACGUCUCGAAGAUCUGGCGAAGGGUGAGAGCCCCUCAAUGAGGAACGCUGCUAGCAUGGAUCGCGAAUUGCUCGAGUUGAAGUCGAAACUUGCUCAGCAGGAGGAUGUCUCUUCUGCCGCUGUUAACAAGAUGCGCCGUGCCGAUGCCCUUGCAAUUGAGAUGCAGAAGGAGCUGACAGUCGAGCGGGAGACCAAUGCCCAACUCUUCAAGGAGAAAGCUGGACUAGAGAAGCAGCUGAAAGAGGUGCAACUACGGUGUGUUGAUUUGGAGACCAAAGGCUACUCUUCGGGCAGCCAAGAUGUUCGUUUCCUGCACAAACGUAUCAAAGAGUUGGAGACACAUCUUGAGGAACAGGAGAGCAAGCACACCGCCGAACAACGCUCCCUUCGCAAUGUUGAUCGCACGGUCAAAGACCUGCAGUCUCAGAUUGAACGACGAGACAAGAUGAAUGUGCAGCUCACUGAGGAAGUCAACAAAGCCCGAGACAGGGUCGAAAGACUGCUCAAGAACAUCGAGGAACUUCAGCAAGGCGAUACUGAGACGCAAUUGCAAGCUCGGCGUGCUGAACGCGAUCUUCGCGAAGAACGGGAGAAGGUUCAAUUCUUAGAGCGCGAGCUCGAGAAUCUCAAAGCGAUGCGUAGCAGCGCUUCGAUUGGUCGUCCCAUGACGGCUUUCAGCGAGACUGGCAGUCGACGCGGCAGUGCCGCUUAUGGUUUUGACUCUACACCUCAGCGCAAGCCUAGCAACACGAAAGGAUUUCUGUGA